CUUUAAACGCUAGUAAAGAAAAGCAUCAAGAUCAUUAAAAACAAUCGGCUAAAGAAUAUGCGGUUUAGAAUUUCAAGCUAAAGAUUUGAUAGUGAAGGUGAAGAAGAUUAUAAAAGGAAAUAUAUCCUCUUAAAAACGCAUAGAGUCGCAUUUCUCAUUCGAGAAGAAGUCGUCGACGGACCUUAGUUUAUGACUGUAUGAAUAUAAAACAACUUAAUAAUCUUUGCAAAAGAUUUUACAACAAGAGUGUCGUAAAAAAACAUAAAGCUCUCGUCCUGAUUACUCGAUAAGUUUACACAGGGUAAACGUAUGUAAAAAUCAUAACGUUUAUUCUUUAUCACACACAACAGACACAACACAAAAAACGGGGCAAAACUCAGGGCAAAACUGGACGUGGGCAAAGUGUGACAUCAACAGUGCACUCUUGGAGGUGACUUUUGCCAUAAAAAGUCGUGUCCGUAGACUUCUUACUCUCGUUCACACCGUCCGGGCUGGGCAAUCCUGAAUUUAACUUGAACUUAAGUGUACAAUAGACUUUAAGUAGAUAGAAAGAAAUAGGCUGUCCUUACGCCAAGGACACGCGCGUUGCACAUUUACACAAAAAAUAAUACACGUCGAUACAUAAAAUAGGACAAUCUGUGAAGAAAAAUAGAAAAGACAUAGUACCGAAAAUAGUGAAAAAAGUGUGAGGUUGUGCUUAAAAACGCUUGCUUUGAUGAGCCAGGAAGACCCGGGAGAGUUAAGAAAGAAGUUAAAACGGGUGGCGAACAAGUGACGUCGCACCCGUGACUUCGUCUGAAGACGAGAAUCUGAAGGAGCAAAGGUGGAGCAGUAUUCAAGUGGUGAAUAGUGAUCCGAGGGUGGCUGGUAAGCUGCCCAGGAUUAAGUAACACAGAGACGAGCAAGCCGUCGAGCUGGUGCUGCUUACCAGGUGUGCCAAAAAGCGGGCAAGCUGCGCCGGAAGGGGGUAGCUCGGGCUUCGCGAGAAGGCCUCAAGAUUUCGGACGCGACGGCGGCCCUGGACCUGCGCGCUCAGACGCAAGCCCAGCCGGAGUUUGUUGGCCUGGAGCAGCAGCACCACCAUCAGCAGCAGCACCAGGUCCAAACAAGUCCGGAACAACAGCCACGUCAUCCGCUUCAUCAGCAUCAUCAUCACCAUCUGUCGAAUCACCAUCACUCUGGCGAUUCGGGGGGUGGGCUAGGCGGCGGUGAACCAGGAGGUGUUGUUGGUGCUGUUGGAAGUGGAGAAAAUAACGGAGUACAAACUGCUGUUGCAGUUGCAGCAGCCGAAGAGGCUAGAAGAUUGCAACAAGAAGAAGACGAAGAUAUUACAGAAAGAGAGGACGACGAAGACGACGAAGAUCCAAGCUCGCCCGAACCGGACCUUGAGCCGGAUCCCGGGCCAAUGGAAGUCCAAACUUCAGCUGUGUGCGCUGCAGCAGCCAAUCUUCAUGCUCUCAGACAGCAUGUAUUUAAAAUGUCUGAUUAUUGGCAACAGCCGCAAAGAGGACCACCACAGCCAUCACCAGGACUCCAACCAAGUCCUCUGCAAAAUUCUCAGCACCAACAACAGCAGCAGCAACAACAAGCCCAACAGCAUAAUCAGUCUACCAUGCAUAGUCCACUUGGACAGCAGCAACAAUCGCAGCCUAAUAACGGUACUAUUCCAAACGCCAAUUUAGGACCGAAUACCAAUCAGAUCCAACAACAACAUGCCAUGGCCAUGAGUCAACAAAAUUCUCAAGGUGCUCAACAUCAAGCAUCGUCAGCACCUACGACACCAUCUCCCCACGGAGAUCAUCAAGGUGCUAUCACCUCUUCUAUGGCUCAAAGCUUACAUAAUCUUGCUCAAGCCCAACAAACUAUGUCUCAGGCCUCAAGUCCAUCAUUAACUGUUCAAGCAGUCCAAGCAGCUCAAGCUCUUAACCAAAAUCUUGGACAGGCAUUAAGUCAAGCCUUAACACAAAAUAUGCAACAAAAUCUUGGACAAACUCUUCAGCAUAAUCUUGCUCAAAGUCUUACACCAAACUUGUCACCACAACAACAACAACAAUUACUUAAUCAACCACAAAACUUGAGUCAAGCCAGUCAAAGUCUUCAACAAAACAUUCAAAAUCAAGCUCAGAAUCUGAGUCAAACACUUCAACAACAAGCGCAAAAUUUAUCGCAAAAUUUAGGCCAGUCAUUAAAUCAACAAACGCUUCAACAACAAGCUCAAAAUUUGAGUCAAAAUCUCCAACAACAAGCGCAAAAUCUUCAACAACAAGCAUUAAAUAUGGCAGGAAGUAUGACUCAAAAUGGAUUAGCUGGUAUGAAUGUUCCUAAUCAGCAACAAAACUCACAAAAUUCCAUGUUGAGUCCUGGCACUGGUAGUCAAGAUUCUCAUGAUGCUACACUCGCUGAAAAACUAGUCAACGAGCUUCAGCAAGCUCGUGCUACGGCAGCUGGUCUCGGAGGACCUGGCGGGGGUGGAGGAAUGGCCAACAUCAACGAACGCACCCUCGAGGAAUGCUGGUCCACCUUGCAGCGAUUCUUCUCGCAGAUCUUCAUGCACAAGAGCGCAAUGCAGAGUGCAAUGCAUGCGAGAGAUCUGGGUUCAGGUGGCCUGGGUGGAAGACCGGGUGGAGUACCCGGCGGUCUUGCUGGUCUUGGUGUAGGAGUUGGGGUCGGCGUUGGACCAGGUGGAAUGAUCACCGGGAAUGAAGUAAAACCACAUCAGUGCCAGCAAUGUCUCAAAUCCUUCUCCAGCAAUCAUCAACUUGUUCAACACAUCAGGGUGCAUACUGGAGAAAAGCCUUACAAGUGCAGCUAUUGUGAUAGAAGGUUCAAACAACUGAGUCAUGUACAACAACAUACUAGGCUACAUACUGUUAAAAUAGCCUUUUGGCUUUUUGCAGGUGAAAGACCAUAUAAAUGUCAUCUACCAGAUUGUGGACGAGCAUUUAUUCAAUUAUCGAAUCUUCAACAACAUUUGAGGAAUCAUGAUGCUCAAGUGGAACGAGCGAAAAACCGUCCAUUUCAUUGUAAUAUUUGUGGAAAAGGAUUUGCGACUGAAUCCAGCCUCAGAACCCAUACGUCGAAGGUCAGUCAUGAGUUGCAACAGCGUGUUGUGUUCCAGCAACACGCCGGCCUCAUCGGCGGGCCCAAUGCAACGAGCUGUCCCAUCUGUCACAAGCUCUUCCUAGGCGGUGAAGCACUAAUGGAGCAUAUGAAGAUCACCCACAAGGACCCGAAUGCUUCUGGAGUUGCCAUUCCCCCCGCUGACUGCCCCACCUCCGUUGCCGGGGUUUACCUAGCGAAGCGAAGGACCGCCAACCAUCCAUGUCCAGUCUGCGGGAAGCACUACGUCAAUGAAGGCAGCCUCAGAAAGCAUCUUGCCUGUCAUCCUGAAACUAGUCAACUCAGCACGAACCUCAGGAUGUGGCCGUGUUCCGUUUGUCAAGCGGUUUACACCCACGAAAGCGGUCUUCUGAGUCAUAUGGAACACAUGAGGAUGGAUCCAAAACAUCAAUUUGCAGCGCAGUAUGUUCUAAGUCGAGCUGCUGCUGAAAGACGUGAAAGAGAGCUUCUGGCUGGUUCGAGUUUAGGAGCGGGCUUGGGUGUGUUGACGAGUCAGUCGGGAGGACCGCAGAACUUACAGCAGCCACCAAUGUGCCCCUCGCCGUCAGCUCAUUCGGACAGCAGUAGUGGCAAUGGAAGACUGUCUUCGGCCGGUAGUGAACCUGAUUUUUGUGCAGGCACCGGUUUACUGAAUAAUAACAACAAUAACAACAACAACAAUAUGGCAUCGCCGGGACCAAGCGGCAACAAACUUAGUGAAAUGCUUAGAGCAGGAAGUCAACCUACUGCUCAACAGUAUCACGAUGAAAUGCAGUCGCAACAACAAAGAAUGGCUGUGAUGGCAGCAGCCGUUCAAGCAGGUCUUCAAAAUUCAGUAUCUCCAAAUCUAUCUCCAGUAGAUGUAGCGUCAUUAGCAGCAGCGAUGAGAAUGGGCAAUAAUGGUGACAUGAGUGGAAGUGCUCAAGGAUCGACAGGUCCUCAACAACAAGGUGUUCAAACUGGUAAUUCUGAACAAGCGCUAAGGAUGCAUCAAGCUGAAGCAUUACUACGAUCUCAAGCAGAAGCUGCACUAAGACUCGCGGUAUCACAAGCCGCAGCAGCGGCAGCGAGUUCUGCGGUAGGAGGUGACAUGAGACAUCACUUGGGACAGCACAAUGGAGGUGGUGCGUCCGGGAUGCCUGGCCACCACGCGAAUCAGCAGCUGUCCCAACCUGAGAGUAUAUCACCAGACAUAGGUAAGUCGACGCAGAUGAUGAGGAGCCUCGGCGACGACUUGCAAUCCAACAAGCGCGUUCGACUAACCGCUAGCCUGAUUCCAUCAUCAGGGGAGGCGUUGCGACUGCAGGAACAGCGGUUAGAGCAAGCGCUGAGACUACACACCGAUCCUCGUGCGUUGGGGUUAACCUUCCAGCACGUUGUUAACCAGCAGAACAAUCAACAACCAUGAAAGUUCAGUUACUACUGAGACGAGUGGACCCCUUGGGCUAACGAGACGUCCUUACAAGCAGAGCGCGAUCACAUGCAUCAACAACAGCAACAGCAACAGCUACUCCAUCAUCAGCUGCAACACCAUCAGCGCUCUACACCAAUGAACGAUCAAGGAACAUCGGUGCAUCUUGAGGACAGAGGUAUGAAGAGGAAGGCCGACGACAUGACGGCCGGUGAGAGCACGUAAAAACUUCUUCAUACUUCUAAUUCUCACACCCAAGUGCGGUCAGCAUCACAAUCACUCGCUGUCUCAGCAGUAAGAGUCAUUUUUUAAACAAUUGGACAAUAUCUAAUGUUAUAUAAAUUAGCAAAAACUCAUCGCGAAUUGGCUUGUCUUCCGGCUUAGGAAUUUAGCCUAUAAGUUCGCAAAUUUUCUAUAUUGUCGUUGUACGGUGCAGUGUUUUCCUAUUUUGACAAAAAAAAAAAGAUACCAAUCGAAAGAUAAAUUUUCUUAAAGUACUCACCAAUAGAGAAACACUUGACGCCGGAAAACGUGCCAUAAAUGCUAACUCACACUUGCAAGGUACUAUGGUUUUAGUACAAGAGUCUACACCAAGAUCAAGGGGAUGUAACGGGCGAAUCCUCUGACUCUUGGUGAUGACUGAAAAUAAAAAAUUAAAAACUUAAGAUUUCUUAAAUAUAAAUAUAAAUAAUUAAUAAUGAAAGAAUAAUUUUUAAACUUGUCUUGCAUAAAGACUUUAAUGUAAAUGAUUAGUUACAAGGAUUUUAAAAAAAAUGAAUAACGCAAGAAAAUAUGCAAUUAACGGACAGAUUGCUCUGACAGACGUAUCGACUGAAUUAUAAUCAAUAUACACUUGUUUACACUUUAUAAAUAGUACACAUACACAAUACAUAACACAAUUAUUAUACGCGCGCGGAUUAUACACAUUAAUUAUAAUGUGUAAUACAUUGAUAAUUAAUAACAAAUAAAUGUGUGCUUGGCGUGGCACAAAAACUAUUAGUACGUAAGACGAACAAACAAAAUAUAAUUAUUACAAACAGUUAUAUUAUAUAUAUUAUAUAUACAAUACAAUAUGAGGAAAACGAAAAAAAAACUAAACACAAUGCGCAAUGCAAGUGACAGUUUUUUUUCGUAAAAAAUCAGAGAGAUAAAAAAACUAAAUGCUAAAUAUUAUAAAUAUAUAUUAUAUAUAAAUAUUAUAAAUAAUUGAAUAUAGGGUUUAUGAAAUUUAGGAUUAAAGAUAGGUCAGAGUAUGUAUGUGAGUGUACACGAAUAUCCAUGCGACAAUUUUGAAUGUGUGAUUGCAUAAAUGUAUGAGUGCGAUUGCUUGAAUGCAUUAUUUUUGAAUCAAAUUCAUUAUUUUUGCAUAAAUAUUCGUGUACAUUUUUUAUGAGUGCAAAAAAAUAAAGUAUGAAGGAGAGACUGAAAUUUAGAAUCUUGUGUGCUUGAGGUAAUCUGAGGUCCUGUGAUCGUUAAUAAGCGAAAUAUUUUUUUAUUUCCGAAGUGGGUAAACACGUAACAAUUUUUGCGUCGUUUCGAAUCUUUUAAACUUUGCAAUAUAAAUAUCGUUACGUUCUCGCAAUAUUAAGCAAAAAGAUAAAGUAAAAUAAAAAAAGGGAAGAAUCGAGUGGGAGAAAAAUAAAAAAUAAAGUAUAAUAUGAUGAAGACGAAGUAAUAUUUUAAAUAUUGCCGCGGUGUGAUUAAAUGGCGCGUUACAUUAUUAUUAUAAUGGUGAUUGGUCAUUCGUGCUCUCAAUAUGGGGAACAAAAAUUGAUGAAAUAUUAAUGCAAAAUUGUUUUAUAUACUUUUUUAUUUGACGUUAACUCUUUUUACGACUUAAUGACCGCAGACUUGUUGAAAAAUUAUCAAAAAAAAAAAAGUAAUAAAGAAGUGGCUUUAACGAAAGCGUAACAUUAAAUCUAUGACAAUAUUUAUUAAAAAUAUUUUUUUUCUGAUAUUCUUAUCUUCUUUUUACUUUCUUUUAAUGUAAUUAAUUGAAUCGAUAAAAAAAAUCAAUCGCAGACUGAAGAGUGUGGAAUGAAUGGAAGCUAAUUUCGUUCUGCCGAAAAAAAUACAAAAAAUUCCUUCUUCUACCCGUUCUUAAAUCUUUAAUGUAUUUUAACAAAUAUUAUUAUUUUUUCAUAUUGAUUAUUUUUAUAAAAUAUCAUAUCGCAUCUUGGCCAGAAUUAAAACGUAUCACUUUACUCCUUCCUACGUAGGUACGUAAAAAAAAAUACAUCGAGAGAAAGAGACUUUUUCAAAUGAAUUUUUUGCUGUUUAUGUUCCUCUCAUGUUUUCAAUCGUGUAGCCUUACUAUGGACAAAAAUCGUUGAAAAACGAAAUUUAUACUACAAAAAAAGUAACAUCAUCUUUGUUGAAACAUAUGAGAACACCUAAGGCUUCUCACUAUCCGAAUGAGAUAAGAAAUGCCGAGGAUUCAUCGUCAAAGCUACAGUUUACAUCUAGAUCGUUGGGUCUCUCAAACUUGGCUUAUUAAAUUCAAAUAAAUCAUUUCAUCAAAAAAUUAGCAACAAUUUGAUAAAUUGAAAAUAAUAAAAUUUCGAUAGAAGUUUUAUAAAAAAAUACAAUGAUAAAUUUUCAAACGUUUUGGAAAGAAUGAAUUUUAAAUGCUAAGUUUGAUCGAUUUCUAACAACCUAGAUGAUUCUCCAGUUCUCUUCCCAAGAAUUUUUCGUUACAGAGUGUUUUUCAUCCGAAUUUCCGUUAUUGAUGUAAAUACACCUCAGGAUAAACCGCAGAACGAGCAGUUGAACGAGUAAUGCAUAAAGCAUAAUGCAAAAUAGGGUUAGUUUAUCAGUGUAAAUACCUAAAGCGUUAGAAUGGGUGCAUACCCCCAUUCACGCAACCAACAUAAUACUUUUUCAUGGAAUUCGAGCUUUAUGUUCGUCAAUCGGCGCACAUAUAUGUACCGACAGACAAGUUUUCCUCUUUCUUUUUCGGAAGACACAAACACACACGCACACUAAUUGAAAAAAAAUACAAAUUAAUACGGCAUUGCGAUGAAUUGUACAGAAUAGGAUAGAUUUAAGCCUUCAAAUGAAUUUUACACAUUCACACACCUUAAUACGCACUAAUGUGGCACGACUGGCCUUUUUUUUAUCAGGAUAGGGACCAAUAUUUUUAUUUCAUAAUCAAUUCUUUCUUUUUCUGCAUCAGAUUCUUUUUAUUUUCAAUUAUUGUGAAUUUUUAUUUAAUUUUGAUUUUUUCAUACACGAAUCAUCCAAAACCCUUCCAAUAUUUCCAUCAAGACAAAUAAAAACGAAAAGUUAAUAAAAAAUGAUUGAUUGUGAUAAAUUAAAUUAAUUUUUAGUUUUUUUUCGAGCUUUGGAAUGAGAGUUUGAAUAGUGAAAAUGAUUAGUCAUGUUCUAUGAGGAAGGGAAAUAGAAAAUAAUUAAUUUUUUAGCACUCUGAAUUGAUUAAAAUUACGUUUUAUCGGUCCCAGAGAGCAGUUAGAAAUAUCAAAAAUUUUAAAACGUGUUAACAAACAAAACAUCAACCACAAAUACCUAAAAGAUUUAAAACAACAUCAAAACAAUAAACAAUUAAAAAACACCUGCACGCCGUAAAUCCUUCAUGACCACACAAAGCCAUGGAACGAUUGACAGUUGACAGAAGUUAGCCCGGUGCAUCCUGCCGUGCGCCGAGGGUCGAUUUUCUGAGGUUUCGUAGUAAAUCUUAAGAUUUCUUUGAUAUUUCAAAUAAAAUCAUCUUUAUAAGAUUAAUAAAAAAAAAUAUGUAAUCAUACAAAAAUCAAUAAAAUGAACCCCAGAAAAAAAUAUCCCAAGGCGCCGACGCGUGCCCCGCGAAAAUGUAAAAUAUUUCAAUUUAAUUAAAAGUAAAAAAAAAAAAAUGAGAAUAUAAAAAUUAUUAAUUCAAAAAAAUCCCACAGGUACAAUAGCUUGUAGUGUAUGUUCUGUAAUCGAAGAAAGAUAAAAAAAAAUGACGUGACGGUUACGCCACGUUAAAAAAAAAACAAAAAAAAAUAAUUUACAAAUAUAUUGAUUUACAUAUGCCCGUAACUCAUAAGGGGGUUGAUAGCGCGGCCUCUUCAAGAUUCACAGACUGAUAAGAGAGACAGAAAGAAUGUAAUGAAGGUUUAUUUAAAUACAAUCCAAUAUGUAAGUCUCUUGAAAAAUAAAAACCACAAAAAGUUUAGAACCCCUGAUUUCAGGUGGUAACGCGUGAACGCAGAGAAUUGAUACAAAAAUAUUGAUGAAUUAUUUUCUGCGUUAAAUAUGAUCAAGUCUCGUUGAAAUCUGUAUGAAGUCUAAAAGGUUGUUGAGUUAACCCCGCCAAUCAUAAUCUUAAUCUCUUCAUGUAAAUUGCUAAAUGUUUAUAACUAAAAAAAUGCCAUAGCCCGGAUGCGCUGGUGUAUACUCCCAGUGCAUACACAUUCACAAAUACGACUCGAUCUUGAUUAAAAUGCAAAUCCGCAAUUGUUGAUGCGGUAAAUUGGUCCAACAAAACUAAGACAACAAAUAUAGAUAAAUAAUUGAAAUAUCUAAAAUAUAUUCACAAUGAUACAGACAUCUUAAGUGACAAUUCAUAAUUGAUACAGAAAGACACAGUUAAAAGUAGUUUCCAUUCGUGUUUGUUGCCCACUUCAUGAAUGGACUCUAUUAUGCCCUGGUUCUCGGAGCGUGCCCUCCCGUGCGCGUUCGGAAACACACUUCUCAUACACGGGGACACACAUUUUUCGUAUUUAUUUCUUAUUGAAAUAAAUCACUAAAGUUGUGUGAGCCUCACAAAUAUUACACACACAUCAUUUUACACUUGGAAAAAAAUAAUUACAAUUACACUUAUUACUCAAAUGUACACAAAUACACACUACGGAUAUGUAAAGCCAAUUGAUUUUGUAAAUUGCCGAAAUACCUUUCGAUAAAUUACGGAAACACGAGGGAAAAUUAUUCAAAAUUACACACAUUUUAACAAAGAAAAAAAAACGUAAAAUUCGGAAACAUUCUCGUCUUUAUUUUCCAAUUUAUAUUUGAACAAUAUUUCAUUUCCAAAAUGUUAUUAUAAUAAUAACGUUACGAUUGUAUCAAUUUUAAGUCAAGUGUCUGCGAAAGUUUAUUUAGA